AUGUUAGUAGUUGUAGUUUUUGUGGGUGAUGAACUAUUCACCAUGGGGAGAUGCAGUUUAUUGUCCCGGCAGUUUUCGCUGCUUCUCUGGAAGAAUUACAUUAUAAAGAGGCGGCUGUGGAUAAUUACAUUCCUAGAAAUCAUCCUGGAAUUGCUGUUUGCUAUUAUGCUUUUGAUGUUUCGCAAGUAUAUUCCCACAGAGCAAGUGGCUUCUGUCAGUUACAAUGUUCAACAAAUUGCAAACCUACCCUCAUUUUUCCAAACUCCUGCAAACCAGCACAGCCCAUGGGAACUGGUUUAUGUGCCAUCCAAUAGUGAUGUGGUGAAGAAUAUCAUUAAAACAACGCAAAAGGUUUUAGGCAGCAAUAUGAAAGCUCGAGGCUUUUCUUCAGAGCAGGCUUUUGAUGAUUACAUUAGAUAUCACAAUGAGUCUUCCAAUGUGUUGGCUGCCAUUGUUUUUGAACAUACCUUUAGCCACAAAUGGGAACCCCUGCCACUUAAGGUUAGAUACCACCUGCGCUUCAGUUUCUCUCCAAGAAACACCGAGCCAAUAGGGAAGCUUUUCUUAAUGCCAAAGGAGCCAGAAGGCUGGCACACAGCCUAUCUUUUUCCACUUUUCCCAUUACCAGGACCUCGGAAUCAUCUUUACAGUGAUGGGGGAAGUCCCGGAUACGUUUCUGAAGGGUUCCUAGCCAUUCAACAUGCUUUAGACAAAGCUAUCAUUCAAUAUCAUGGGAAAGAUAACUGGCUCAUUGAUCAUGUCGCUGUCAACGUAAAGAGGUUUCCAUUCCCACAUUUUGUUUCCGACAACUUCCUUGAGUUCCUGGGCCAAGUGUUGCCCCUAAUAAUUCUACUGAUUUACUCUUUAAAUGUACUCAUGAUCAUCCGGGUCAUUGUUCAAGAAAAAGAAAAGCAGUUGAAGGAAUACCUUCAAAUGAUGGGACUCAGCAGCUGGCUGUUACGGGCUUCCUAUUUCAUCACAUUCGUCUGUUCUUUUCUCAUUACCAUCAGUUUGAUGACAAUGUUUUUCUUCAUUAAGAUUUUUAACCAACCAAUACUUCGCAACAGUGACCCAUCUUUGGUGUUUAUCUUUCUGGUGUGUUUUGCCAUUUCUUCCUUGUUCUUCAGCUUCAUGAUCAGUACAUUCUUCAAUAAAGCUAAUAUGGCUGUUGCUACAGGAGGGUGCAUCUACUUCAUCACCUACCUUCCAUACUUGUUCAUUAAUUCUCGAUAUAACCAGAUGAGUCUUAAACAAAAGCUGUCUGCCUGUCUACUCUCGAAUAUUGCCAUGACAUUGGGGAUCAAUCUGCUAGUCAAGUUUGAAAUUAAAGGGGAUGGAGUUCAUUGGAAUAAUCUCAUGGAUGAAGUGAGCAUUGAGGAUAACUUAAGUUUUGGGCAUGUUCUGGGAAUGAUGCUGUGUGAUUCUUUGUGCUAUGCUUUAGUAGCUUGGUAUAUGGAAAAUGUCUUUCCAGGGGAAUAUGGUAUGCCUCAGCCAUGGUACUUCUUCUUGAAGCGCUCCUACUGGUAUGGAUACCCAAAACCUCUUCUUAGGAGACACAUAGACACUGAAGAAGUCUCACAUAGUGAAUAUAUGGAGGCAGAACCUGUAGGAUUGGUGGCUGGAGUACAGAUCAAACAUCUAUGCAAGGCAUUUGUGGUGGGGAGUAAUAUCAAAGAGGCCGUAAGAAACCUGACUCUGAAUAUAUAUGAGGGCCAGAUCACUGUUCUUCUGGGACAUAAUGGAGCAGGAAAGACCACCACUUUGUCCAUGCUUACAGGUCUGUAUCCUCCUACAAGUGGACAGGCGUAUAUCAAUGGCUUUGAAAUCACAAGGGAAAUGGCUGAGAUCCGAAAAAACCUGGGUUUAUGCCCCCAGCGCGAUCUCUUGUUUGAUUACUUGACUGUAUCAGAACAUCUUUACUUCUUCGCUAUGCUGAAAGGAUUUUCUAAAAAGAAUUUAAAAAAUGAAAUUGAUCACAUGUUGAAUAUUUUUAACCUGGAAGAAAAGCGAAAUGCAUUUUCAAAUUCACUGAGUGGAGGGAUGAAGCGCAAACUCUCCAUCAGUAUUGCUCUCAUAGGAGACUCUAAGGUUGUAAUGCUAGAUGAACCUACAUCUGGUAUGGAUUUGAUCUCACGAAGGGCUACCUGGAAUCUCCUUCAACAGCAGAAAAGUAGCCGUACCAUCCUGCUGACCACCCACCAUAUGGACGAGGCUGACUUGCUGGGUGACCGCAUUGCCAUUAUGGCCAACGGAGACCUGCAGUGCUGUGGCUCUUCACUAUUCCUCAAACAUAAAUAUGGUGCUGGAUAUCACUUGAUCAUGGUGAAGGAACCUCAGUGUGAAAUAAAGAAAAUUUCCGAACUGAUUUAUCGCUAUGUACCAAAUGCCACAAUGGAGAGUAAUGUUGGAGCUGAGUUAUCAUUUAUCCUACCCAAAGAGAAUGCUGAAAGGUUUGAAGAAUUGUUUACUGAAUUAGAAGAGAAUCAGAAAAUGCUAGGCAUUUCUAGCUAUGGGGCCUCUGUUACAACUAUGGAGGAAGUCUUCCUUAAGGUUGGUAAGAUGGUGGAUUCCAAGAUGGAUCUCCAAGCCAUCCAACUGUCUGCCUCGAAUAAAGAGUUCCUGAGACAGGCCAGCAGAAUGUCUUUAGAAGGAGAUGACAUGGGUAUUUAUCUUAGUGACAGUGAUGAAGACGAUAGCAAACAAGAUGUCAAGCAGCACCAUGAGCACCACUACCACUCUGUCAAAUUCAAUACAGGGAUUUAUCUCUACAGCCAGCAGUUCUAUGCCAUGUUAGUGAAGAGGGCUACGUUCAGUGUGCGUAAUUGGAAGUUAAUACUUCUGCAAAUUUUGGUACUUCUGACAUUCACUGCCAUACUUCUGAGAGCCAUCACCUUCUAUUCAGAAGUGCGAGAUGACCCUAAAUUAGAGAUGAGUUUGCAACAAUAUGGCCAAACCAUUGUGCCUUACUCUAUUUCUGGAAAUACUGAUCUGAGUCGGCAACUCAGAGAACAUAUUAAAGUUUUGCUAGAGGAUGAGAGACAAGUGCCCCAGAUGGUGAAAGGUAACAUGGAAGAGUUCCUCUUGAAUGGUAGACUGUGCACUGACCGAUGCCUCGUUGCAGUUGAAAUUGAUUCCCAAAAAAAUAAGACAAGGAUCACUGCUCUUUUCAACAACCAGGCGUUCCACUCACCUGCAGUAGCCUUGGCACUGGUGGACAACAUCCUCCUCAUGUCACGUUCGGGUACUCGCGCUUCUAUUGAAGUGUCCAAUAAGCCUCAACCUCGAAGUGCUAUCAAAGCUGCAAGGGAAGAAUACCAUAAGGGCAGUCGUGGACAUGAAAUUGCCUUCAGUUUGUUCUUUGGUAUGGCUGCCUUGGCCAGUAGUUUUUGUCUCUUGACAGUCACCGAGAGAAUCAUUAAGGCAAAGCACCUCCAGUUUGUGAGUGGUGUACGAAUUAUUAAUUUCUGGCUCUCUGCCUUUUUUUGGGACCUCUUCAACUUUAUCAUUCCUUGCCUCCUGCUGCUGGUUGUGUUCAAAUACUGUGGUGUGAAAGCUUUCGUUGACGACCAUCAUGCAGCAGAUAUCUUAUUAAUCUUCGUGCUAUAUGGCUGGUCUAUCAUACCCCUCAUGUACCUGAUGAGCUUCUUAUUUUCUGGUAGUGCCACUGCCUAUGCCAAACUUGUUGUAUUCAACUUCUUUUCAGGCACGAUCAGUUUCCUGUUUGUCUACGUGGCAGAAUCUAAUGUGGUAAUAAUGGCGAAUUCCUCCAUUAAAACUUUGGAUAAUCUAUUUCUGAUAUUUCCUAAUCACAACUUGGGGCAAUCUAUCAGUGGAUUUUAUGAAAACUACAAAGCCCAGAAAUACUGUACCUCUGUUGCUGCUAGAGAUUGUGAAGAGAAAGGUAUUAACUAUGAGACGAAUAUUUAUUCAUGGAUGGGUCAUGGGAUUGGAAAAUAUAUUGCCUCAAUGGCUAUCUCAGGCCUCAUUUUCCUUCUCAUGCUUCUUCUUAUUGAGAGCCAAGUCUGGAAGUUGAGAAAUAAAUUGAGUCGCUAUAUAUUCUUUCGAUGCUACACAAAUUGGUAUAAGAGACAACAUGCAAACAAUUAUCCACCAGAGGAUACUGAUGUGUCAAAUGAGAGGAAGAAAAUUCAAGACUAUCCUGAAGAAUCAAUUCCAAUCGUGGAGAGUCCACUGAUUCUUAAAGACCUAAUGAAGGUAUAUUAUCGGUGGAUACCCAUCCUGGCUGUGGACAGUAUCUCUUUUGCAGUCAUGAAAGGAGAAUGCUUUGGGCUACUUGGUUUCAAUGGAGCUGGGAAAACCACCACAUUCAAAAUGUUAACUGGAGAUGAAACUAUAACCAGUGGGGAUGCAUAUUUCGAUGGCCAUAGCAUCAACAAGAAUAUCAAAACGGUACAGCGACGAAUCAGUUACUGUCCUCAAUUUGAUGCUCUGCUAGACUACAUGACAGGAAGAGAAAUAAUGUAUAUGUAUGCUCGAUUGUGGGGGAUUCCUGAAAAUCACAUCGAUCGUUAUGUGAAAAACAUGCUGAAGUCAUUGCUCCUUGAAACCAAUGCAGACAAGCUCAUUAGGAACCUAAGUGGUGGCAACAAGCGUAAGCUAAGCACUGGUAUUUCCCUAAUUGGAAGGCCUUCAGUCAUCUUCUUGGACGAGCCUUCUACAGGCAUGGACCCUAUGGCUCGGCGCCUACUCUGGGAUACAGUGAUGCGGAUUCGUGAGUCCGGCAAGGCCAUUGUCAUAACCUCCCACAGCAUGGAGGAAUGCGAGGCCUUGUGCACCAGACUGGCCAUCAUGGUGGCUGGGAAGCUGAAGUGUCUAGGAAGUCCACAGUAUCUCAAGAACAAGUUUGGCAGUGGAUAUACCUUGAUAGCCAAGAUGAAGAGUGAUAGUACAGAUUCUGAUAUGGAACGUUUCAAGGACUUCAUCAAUUUAACCUUUCCAGGCAGAACAUUGAAGCACGAACACCAAGGAAUGGUCCAUUACAACAUUCCCACCGAUAACCUCAGCUGGGCAAAGGUAUUUGGUAUUUUGGAGAAAGCAAAAGAUGAAUAUAAAUUGGAGGACUACUCCAUCAGUCAAAUCACACUAGAACAAGUGUUCCUGAGCUUUGCUGAACACGGCAGAGCAGAAGAUGAAGAAAAUGAUUAA